CCCAGGAAAAUUAUUUUAUGCGGACAACCUGGCAACCCAUAGAUUCCAGUUCCCCGUUGGGGUGAGGAGGUACAAUGAAGGGACGAUGGCUGCCUGCAUCAGAGUAAUAUGGAUGAGAAUGACCACUUUGACAGCCGCUGUUCAUGAUGGGUCUGCUCUCCUGAUCGCUUUCUUUGCCAAAACACACUAAUCUCCCUGAUUCGUCCCAUCUGUAUAGACCAAGUGUUGUGUUUGCAUCAGUCUGCUAGCUCCGUGCUAUGAUUCUAUCCACAUCAACUCUCUUUAAUUAACCUGACCGGUGAGUUGCUGACGUUAGAUGGAUGUUCGCCGUUUUAUAACGCACAUACGCUUACAAGCUCUGUGAAGAUAUCACUCAUAACAUGGCCAUCACACAGUUUCGUCUUUUUAAAAUAUGCACCUGUUUGGCAUCUAUUCUGUCAUUCUUGAAGAGACUGAUUUGCAGGGCUGGAAGGUCACGCAAGCUAAGCGGGGAUCAGAUCACCCUUCCGACCACAGUUGAUUAUUCCUCUGCACCAAAACAGCCGGAGAUUGAAGAGUGGAGCUCAUGGGAUGAGGACGCUCCCACUAGUAUCAAAAUUGAAGGAGGUAAUGGGAUAGUUCCCCCUCCACAGAAUGAAGCUGAAGAAGAAGAGCCAGACUACUUCAAAGACAUGGCUCCCACCAUCAGGAAAACCCAGAAGAUUGUCUUGAAGAAAAGGGAACCUCUGAAUUUCUCUAUGCCAGACAGCUCCUCAGGUUUCUCCAGCCGACUAGCUGCCACUCAGAACAUGUCCUUCAUCCAGCCCUCUGCGGAGCUGGGGGACCUUGACACCUGGCAGGAGGACACCAAUGCCUGGGAGGAUGAGGCAGAUGCAGCCUGGGAGGCAGAGGAAGUGCUGAGGCAGCAGAAGCUGGCUGAGAGAGAGAGACGUGCCAUGGAGCAACAGAGGAAGAAAAUAGAGAAAGAGGCACAGAGAAUGAUGAAAAAAGAGCAGAAGAUUGCUGUCAAACUUUCAUAACAUUAAUACAGCGCAGAGGACACUCAAAGCAACAGCCAAACAACUGUUCAUAUUACAUUUGACCUGGUUUUGUCCUGCUCACCAUACUACUGUCUUCACCUCUUUGGGAUAUUUUUUAAUCCAUCAGCCACAUUAGGGAUUUCGGUGUUUUAUUUUAUUUUGGGGGGUUUUUCUUUUUGUAUUGGACUGAACACAGCACACAGAAUCUUCCCUUAUGUUUAAUGAGGUGUUGUGACUGUUCUUACUGUGCACUUGAUGAAAGAUCAUUUUUUUCUGUCAGUAUUUAUAACACUUGAAU